UCCGUUGUCAGGGGGAGUGUUUAAACUGUAGCAGAGAAGUACACGGAGGAGAGUUUCGAGGGCAUCUUCACAGUGAAGAACUUCUCAAAAUAGACGGAUAAACUUUUGAAAUAAGCAAUGUCUAUAAUUAAGAAGUUGUAGCAAUGAAAAUCUAGCAACUGCGGAAGCUUUAGCAGUCGGUGAAGUUGUAAUACCACUCGUCCAUCACACUUGCUAGAUACUUUUAUAGACUUCCUAUUUUGCUUCAAGACAGCGACUUGUUAAAGUCCCACAUUUUUAUAUAAUCUACAAACUAUGGCUUAGCUUAUCAUAUUACACUUAGUACGCAAACAAGGGUAAGGUUACAUUUGAUCAAAGCAAUGGAGCAGAUCUGUCUUCGCCUGGUCAAACUCGACGUGUUGAGCAGCAUAAAGUCGUUAAGCCGGUUUGAUUCGGUGUUCAGACGGUGCGGACAGAGACCGGGUCCGGCUCGGACAGACUCACCCGUCUCUCUGAAACCCAGAGGACCUGUCACAGCGGCUCCUGCAGCUCUCUGCCCGAGGUCGAGGUCGAGACUCUGUGUAACAGCAGCCAGAGCUCCGGGUCACCCGUCCGUCGUUCACUUCCACACCUCGGCCAGGCGGAGGGCUUUACCCGCUCCUCUGAUAUGGAUGCUGCUGAAGCCUCUGCAGAAGCUCAUGGCCGUCAUACUGGGCAGGAGUAUUAGGAAAUGGUGGUUGGCUCUGCCGGGCAAUAAAAAGCAGCUGUUUCGUGAAUGGACAUGGCGUCGACGCUGGCACUUUGUGGGAGCUGGGGCAGGACUGCUGUUCUUCGUCUCCCUCUUUCUACUCACUCAUCUGGACGAAUCUCCGGUCACAGGCAGGACCCGACUGCUGGUGUUCAGCAGAGACAACUUCACGCGGCUGGCUGAGUUCACUGCAGAAGCGUACAUGGAGGAGUUUAAGGAGUCUCUGAUCGCUCCGUCGGAUCCCAGGCAUCAGGCUGUAGAGUUAGUGCUUCAGACUCUGGUCGAGAGGAACCAGGACAUUGCUGAGAUUUCCUCUGUCUCAUGGACAGUCCACGUGGUGGAGGGCCCUACAGUCAAUGCGUUCGUUUUGCCCAAUGGAAAGGUCUUCAUCUUCACAGGAAUGCUUGAGGCUGUAGCAGACAUCCAUCAGCUGGUGUUUAUACUGGGACAUGAGAUGGCUCACGCUCUGAUUGGUCACGCAGCAGAGCAAGCCAGUUUAUCUCACGUGGUGGAGCUGUUGUCUCUCGUCCUGUUGACGGCGAUCUGGGCGAUCUGUCCCCGGGACAGUUUAGCCGUGCUGGGCCACUGGAUUCAGGGCAAACUGGUGCAGUUCCUAUUUGACCGGCCCUUCAGUCGUAAGCUGGAGGCAGAGGCGGACCAGGUCGGCCUGAAGCUGGCUGCCAAGGCGUGUGCUGACGUGAGGGCGGGCCCCGUCUUUUGGCAGCAGAUGGAGAUCUAUGAUCAGUUGAGAGGCGAGCCUACCGUCCCCGAGUGGCUGUCCACACACCCUUCUCACCAGAACCGCGUCAGACAGUUGGACCGCCUCGUCCCUGAGGCCGUGGAGCUCCGCGCACGCUGUGGCUGUCCCGCCUCCCCAAAGCUACCCCGUGUCGUUUUCCACCAGGCUGUUAAAUUGCUUCUUGACAACACUGAAAAACAAGAAAAGAUUGCACAAGAGGAAAAGAAUGAGAAACGGAGAGCCGGAGUCAUGCUGCCUCCUGUCCUGACUCCAGGGUCUCAGCCUCAGCUGGGAGGAGCGCUGGCCACAUCCACUCUGCUUAGUAAAUGAGACUUGACGAAACAUGACUGACAGGGACAAAUUCAAGCUUUCCUUUUCACUUCUCUUUUUCCAGUCCAGUAGCUCUGAGCAAGGACUGAGAGGAUUGUCAGAUAGAACCAGACAGUUUUUUUUUUUUGAUCUGUUUGAUUAGCUGUCGCUUUGAUACCUACGUCAGUUGGUCUGUGAGAUGUUUUGAGUGGGAGCAUGUACAUCAUUUGUGUGAGAUGCUUUCGCGAGUUUACGCUCCUCCUUCCGAGUCGUGUUAAUAAUGGAGCAAUUGUAAAUGGGUUUUUGAUUGGUUUUAAUGAUGUUAUUAGCAUAAGACCCCUGUAAAGUUGAAUGCAUUAUUGCGUACAGUACAUUAUUCAUCAAACAUCUGCUUCUGCUUUAAUGUCCCCUAUAGGUUCCAGGCUGUAAUGUAACUACUGCAUAGCAGCUAAUGUCACCGUGUUUGAAGCUGGUAGGAGCUUUGGACACACUACAUUAUUUAGAGGAUUUAUCAAUAGGCAGCUGAUGCUAAGUGAGCCCAACACUUGUGUUCUUGACAAGUGUUAUAUUUAUUUUAAAUGCACUUUGUAUGAAUGCUAUGAAUGUAAGGAAUAUGGGACUGUAAUUACAUACAAGAUCAACUAA